CAUACUGUUUGUCUUUUUAGGCUGUGAAGCAUGUUACAGAACCUCAUGACAAGUGGAUGAAAGGGAAAGGAAAAAGUGCCAUCAAUAGCUAGAAUAGCAACAUGGGAAAUACAACCACCAAAUUCCGCAAAGCUCUUAUAAAUGGAGAUGAAAAUCUGGCCUGCCAAAUAUAUGAGAGUAACCCUCAACUAAAAGAAACUCUUGACCCAAAUACUUCGUAUGGAGAAACUUAUCAGCACAAUACUCCACUCCAUUAUGCUGCUAGGCAUGGAAUGAAUCGUAUCCUGGGAACUUUCCUUUUUGUUAGAGAUGGUAACCCAAAUAAACGGAAUGUGCACAAUGAGACAUCUAUGCACUUACUGUGUAUGGGACCUCAGAUCAUGAUAUCAGAAGGAGCUCUUCAUCCUCGCCUGACAAGACCUUCCGAAGAUGAUUGCAGAAGAGCAGACUGCCUGCAAAUGAUCUUGAAAUGGAAGGGAGCAAAGCUGGAUGAAGGACAGUAUGAACGAGCAGCCAUUGAUGCUGUUGAUAACAAAAAAAAUACACCUUUGCACUAUGCUGCUGCCUCAGGGAUGAAAACCUGUGUCGAGCUUCUGGUAAAACACGGUGGAGACUUGUUUGCAGAAAAUGAAAAUAAAGAUACCCCAUGUGACUGUGCAGAGAAACAACACCACAAAGAGCUAGCUCUUAACCUGGAAUCUCGAAUGGUAUUUUCACGUGAUCCUGAAGCUGAAAGCAUUGAAGCUGAGUAUGCUGCUUUAGACAAAAAAGAGCCAUACGAGGGGCUAAGACUUCAGGAUCUGCGGAGGCUUAAGGAUAUGCUGAUAGUGGAAACUGCUGACAUGCUUCAAGCACCACUCUUUACUGCAGAAGCUCUUCUCCGGGCACAUGACUGGGACAGGGAGAAGUUGCUUGAGGCAUGGAUGUCUAAUCCAGAGAACUGCUGCCAGCGCUCGGGGGUUCAGAUGCCCACCCCCCCUCCAAGUGGGUACAACGCGUGGGAUACGCUGCCUUCUCCACGAACUCCCCGCACUACUCGCUCCUCCGUAACUUCCCCUGAUGAAAUCAGCCCGUCACCAGGAGACAUCGAGACAGCUGUGUGUGACAUUUGUAUGUGUAAUAUAUCUGUGUUUGAAGACCCAGUGGAUAUGCCUUGUGGGCAUGACUUCUGCAGAGCAUGCUGGGAGGCAUUUUUGAAUCUGAAAAUUCAAGAGGGUGAAGCUCACAACAUUUUUUGCCCAGCAUAUGAUUGUUUCCAGCUUGUGCCUGUAGACAUCAUAGAAAGUGUGGUUUCCAAGGAGAUGGACAAAAGAUACCUUCAAUUUGACAUUAAGGCCUUUGUUGAAAAUAAUCCUGCUAUUAAAUGGUGUCCUAUCCCAGGCUGUGAAAGAGCAGUAAGGCUAACAAGACAAGGAUCGAAUUCAACAGGAUCAGAUACGCUUAGCUUCCCUAUGCUAAAAGCUCCUGCUGUAGAUUGUGGAAAGGGACAUCUUUUCUGCUGGGAAUGUCUUGGUGAAGCACAUGAACCUUGUGACUGCCAAACCUGGAAGGACUGGCUGCAGAAAAUAUCUGAAAUGAAACCAGAAGAACUUGUGGGAGUUAGUGAGGCAUAUGAAGAUGCUGCCAACUGCCUGUGGUUACUAACUAACUCCAAACCAUGCGCCAACUGCAAAUCUCCAAUUCAGAAGAAUGAGGGCUGCAACCACAUGCAAUGUGCAAAGUGCAAGUAUGACUUUUGCUGGAUAUGCUUAGAGGAAUGGAAGAAGCACAGCUCUUCUACAGGAGGAUAUUACAGAUGUACUCGCUAUGAGGUUAUUCAGCAUGUAGAGGAACAGUCCAAAGAGAUGACAGUAGAGGCUGAAAAGAAGCAUAGGAGAUUUCAAGAACUGGAUAGGUUUAUGCACUAUUACACAAGGUUUAAGAACCAUGAACUUAGCUACCAGUUAGAACAGCGCCUUCUAAAAACAGCCAAAGAAAAGAUGGAGCAGCUGAGUAAAGCUCUCAGUGGAACUGAGGGAGGCUGUCCUGAUACCACAUUCAUUGAAGAUGCAGUACAGGAGCUUCUAAAAACUCGCCGCAUUCUCAAGUGUUCUUAUCCAUACGGAUUCUUUUUGGAGCCUAAAAGCACAAAGAAAGAAAUAUUUGAACUUAUGCAGACAGACCUGGAAAUGGUCACUGAAGACCUUGCACAGAAAGUAAACAGGCCUUACCUUCGGACUCCUCGCCAUAAAAUCAUCCGUGCAGCUUGUCUCGUGCAGCAAAAGCGGCAAGAAUUCUUAGCCUCUGUGGCCCGUGGUGUUGCCCCUGCAGACUCACCAGAAGCACCCAGGCGCAGCUUUGCUGGUGGAACAUGGGAUUGGGAGUAUUUGGGAUUUGCAUCUCCUGAGGAAUAUGCUGAAUUUCAGUAUCGGAGGAGGCACAGGCAGCGUCGACGUGGAGACAUGCACAGUCUGCUGAGUAAUACUCCAGAUCCCGAUGACCCCAGUGAGAGUACAUUAGACACUCAGGAAGGUGGCAGUAGCAGAAGACAUGGCACUUCCAUGGUGAGUUCAGCUUCUAUGGGUAUUCUGCACAGCUCUUCACUUCAUGACUAUACCCCUGUCAGUCGCUCUGAAAACCAAGAUUCUCUGCAGGCCCUGAGUUCUUUGGAUGAAGAUGACCCAAACAUCCUGCUAGCUAUUCAGUUGUCAUUACAAGAAUCUGGCUUAGCCAUAGACGAAGAAACUAGAGACUUUCUGAAUAACGAGGCAUCUUUAGGAGCAAUAGGUACCUCUUUACCUACAAGAUUGGACUCUGCUCCCAUAAGUAUAGAUAACCCAAGAGCUGCUUUGAGCAGCUCUGAGCUGUUGGAACUCAGUGACAGCCUGAUGAGACUAGGGGCAGGCAGCGAUCCUUUUUCAGCCGAUCGACUUCAUUCACACGCCUGCAGCGAUACAAGAGGUGGAUUAUACUCAACAUCUAGUGAUGCUGAUUCCAGUAGUCAAGAUCCCAAUACCAAUGAAAAUCUUCUUGGAAAUAUUAUGGCCUGGUUUCAUGACAUGAAUCCACAGAGUAUUGCUCUGAUCCCUUCAACAAGUACAGAAACGGAUGAAGAUUCACAGCAACCCAGUACUGAAGAUGGGUCAGUAGGGCGGGCAAAUGUUAGAGACACAGGGUUGGAACUUCAGGAAGAGCACGCGCUAUUUGAGGAUGCACUCAAAAAUGAAGGCAGAGGAACGCAAACAGAGGAAGGCGCUUCUGAAGAAAACAUUAUUCCAGGUGAAACAGUUUCACAAGGUGGUGAUAAUACCAGGGAAGUAACAAGCACCCUGGAUGCUUCAGGAGAUGCUUCAAAUCAGACUCCUCAAACCUCAAGCGAAUGGAUUGAACGUGUGCAUCUGGUAUGAACAAAAACUAAAUCCGAAGUAAACGAAUGGCAGUGACAGAUGGUACAGUAUGUGGAGUAAGCAUUAUGGAGGCUUUGAUCCACAUAACUACAGCUCAGUUGUAACCACUGACAUAACAAUGGAUAUUUAGAGGUUCUCUUGAAUUGUAGUUCUUUGUAAUAAUGUGAACCUUCAAGGAAUAUCCUUUGCAUUUAAUUUGGUAGUACUUGCCUCUUUGCUCUCAAGAAAAUGGAAUAAGUAGGUUGUAUUCCACAUUCCUAAUACAAGGCAGCAUCUGUUUAGCCUUAGGUUGAUGACCCUUAACUUUAAAGUUUGGAUUAAAGGCUUACACUGAUUAUUUUGGUU